UUUCUUUAUUUUACUUUAAUACAACCGCGCAUAAGAUUAAAGUAAAGGGAGAUUAUGAGUAUAAACAAUAUGAAACACAAGCUAAUUUGGUGGUCUAUAGCCGCUUUUCUAGUAACUGUUGCUGCGUUUACAGCUCACGACGACAAUUUUAAUGAUCUGGAUGAUGAGGAAACAAGUUAUGGAGAAAGAAAAGGAAAAAUCUUAUUCCCGUUUAUCAGUAUAGUACGAUUCGCGAAUGUGGACUGCGCCAGUACCAACACUAUGAACGGCACAUGCCUAGCUCGACGCGAGUGUCACAAUUUGAAUGGUACCAUCACUGGCAUGUGUGCUUCUAGGAGAGGACGAUGUUGUAUUGUAUCACGUGGGUGCGGCACUUCGACGAACGUAAAUAACACUUACUUUACAAGUCCGGGAUACCCAGCAGCUUAUGGAGGUGGUCAGUCUUGUGGCAUAAUUGUCAAUAGAUGCAACAACAAUAUCUGCCAGCUUCGCAUUGAUUUAUUAGACAUGGUAUUAGCUCAGCCUAACGGGGACGGCGUUUGCAACACAGAUUCACUUAUAAUAACCGGAGGCAACACCAUUGUGCCUGUACUCUGUGGGGACAACACAGGGCAAACUCUAUUCGUGGACUUUAACGGAAACGCAGCCAUAACUAUUGCGGUCACCGCAACUCUCGCUACUACAUUUACGAGGAGGUGGAACAUUAGGCUCACCCAACUGGGCUGCGAUUGUCCAGGAAUAGCUCCAAACGGUUGCUUGCAAUAUUAUACUGGGACUACAGGAAAUAUCAUAGGUUUUAACUACGGGAGUGCAGCAAACACCGCUCUCAGUGCCUCGCUUGUAACAGGGACUCGUCAACUUGCUAACUUGAACUAUGGUAUAUGCAUUCGAAUGGAAGCUGGAUUCUGCCAAAUACAAUACUCACAAACUGGCAAUGACCCCUUUUCCUUCACUCUUACUGGAGACGUAGAUGGGGCUGAUAACACGGUUCUGGGCACCGCCGUGGGUGCGGUCAACGGAGCCGCCUGCACCACAGACUUUGUAGUAAUACCCAACCCAGUCCUGCCUGGAACACUCACUCCUGUCAAUACUGACCGAUUCUGCGGGCUGGGCUUCGUUCCAGUACAAUCCGGAGCCAAGCCAUUCGUGCUGUACGUCGUGACCGACGGCAAUGAGGGAGCAACGGCUCUUACACCUCCUGACGUCGCCAACCGAGGAUUCUCACUUGCCUAUACGCAAAUCGCUUGUUAGACUGUUCAUUCAAUAAACUGGUAUUUCAUAAAGUUGUAACAUUGCUUUUCAUUUUCAAAAGGCGUGGUGUUAAUAAUAAUAAUACUUAUAUUUAUUUCAGGCUAUUGGUCUAAAAUAAUAAAAUAUAUAUUUCCUGUUAUUUAUUUGUGAUAAGAAAAUAUAUAAUAUUCACAGAGACACAUUGCUAAUAGGUUCUCUAGUGAAAUUGCAGCCAGUCACAUUUAUUAUACAAAAUCAAGGAAACCAUAUAUAUGGUUAUUUAAUAUUAAUUGCUCAUACAUACUGGAAGGUUCCUCACUUAAGCUUUUCUAAUACGCUAAGGUGAUUAUAAAAUAUUACAUGGAAAUUAUAAAAUCUGUCUUUUUUCUGGGUU